AGAACCGGAAGUCGCUGUGUUUUGAUAACGGCUGCGGAUGACGCUGUCACUCGCCGCUGUUUCACGUCCGAGCGGUAGUUUCCCAGCAGAAGAACGAUCCCGAUCAGACGGCAGAUGUAACCGUGUCACAGAGAGACACAAUGGGACUUUCACCGAGACGCUCUCCCGACGUUCACCCGUCCAAAGCGCUCCUGUCGUUGCCUUUUCUGUUGACAUUCCUGCUCGUCGGGAGCCGCGGAGAGAGCAAUGCGAUGGACAACGUCGCGACGGAGAGGAUGGCUGAGGAGAGCCACCGACAGGACAGUGCCAACCUGCUCAUAUUCAUAAUGCUCUUAACACUCACCAUUUUAACCAUAUGGCUCUUCAAGCACCGGCGGUUCAGGUUCCUACACGAAACGGGACUCGCCAUGAUCUAUGGCCUGCUGGUGGGUGUUAUCUUGCGGUUCGGCGUCCACGUCCCGCAGAGUAUGAGUGACGUGAUCCUCAGCUGUGCCGUCAACGCCAGUCCAGCUACUUUGCUGGUCAACGUCAGCGGGCGAUUCUACGAGUACACUCUGAAAGGAGAAGUCAGCCGGGGCAAAGGUCACCAAGUGCAGGACGACGAGAUGCUGAGAAAGGUGACCUUUGACCCAGAGGUGUUUUUCAACAUUUUGCUGCCUCCCAUCAUCUUCCAUGCCGGCUACAGUCUGAAGAGGAGACAUUUCUUCAGAAACAUAGGCUCCAUCCUGGCCUACGCCUUCAUGGGGACGGUCAUAUCCUGCUUUGUCAUUGGACUGAUCAUGUACGGCUUUGUGUCGUUCAUGAAAGUUGUGGGCCAGCUUGGGGGAGAUUUCUUUUUCACCGACUGCCUCUUCUUUGGAGCCAUUGUUUCAGCAACAGACCCGGUGACAGUGCUGGCUAUCUUCAAUGAGCUAAAGGUAGACGUGGACCUGUAUGCUUUACUCUUUGGGGAGAGCGUCCUUAAUGACGCUGUGGCCAUCGUCCUCUCUUCUGUUCUCCUCCGCCUGGAGAAGCAGAGUAGACGGGGGGCUGGAGCUGUGCUCUCCCCAGGUGAUGAUGGUCCAGUGUGGCCAGACAGGGCGGAGGAAUGGCUGGAAGACAACCAGACAUUUACUCCCCGCUCCAUCGUGGCGUACCAGCCUGCAGGAGACAACAGCCACAGCUUCGAGGCCAUGGCCUUGUUGAAGUCCUUUGGCAUCUUUCUGGGUGUCUUCAGUGGAUCCUUCGCUCUUGGCGUUGCCACUGGAGUCAUGACUGCUUUCGUGACCAAGUUCACGAAGCUGAGGGACUUCCCCCUGCUGGAGACGGCUCUCUUCUUCCUCAUGUCCUGGAGCACUUUCCUGUUGGCGGAGGCCUGCGGGUUCACAGGCGUAGUGGCUGUGCUGUUCUGUGGGAUCACUCAGGCUCACUACACCUUCAACAAUCUCUCCCCUGAAUCUCAGGACAGGUCCAAACAGUUGUUUGAGCUGCUGAACUUCUUGGCGGAGAACUUCAUCUUCUCCUACAUGGGUCUGACUCUCUUCUCCUUCCAGUCACACGUCUUCAACCCUCUGUUCAUUAUCGGAGCCUUUAUUGCGGUGUUUCUUGGCCGGGCGGCAAACAUCUACCCUUUGUCCUUCCUGCUCAACCUGGGCCGCAAGAACAAGAUUGGAUCCAACUUUCAGCACGUCAUGAUGUUUGCAGGUCUGCGUGGGGCGAUGACAUUUGCUCUCUCCAUCCGAGAUACGGCGACUUACGCCCGUCAGAUGAUGUUCUCCACCACCCUCCUGAUUGUUUUCUUCACUGUCUGGGUCUGUGGCGGUGGCACCAUGCCCAUGCUGUCCUUCAUGAGCAUACCGGUGGGUGUGGACUCUGAUCAAGACACCUCACAGAGUUCUGCGGUGUUGGAUGGGUCACAGCGGAGGAACACCAAACAUGAGAGCGCCUGGCCCUUUAGGAUCUGGUAUAACUUUGACCGCAACUACCUGAAGCCUCUCCUGACCCACAGCGGUCCUCCUCUCACUGCCACUCUGCCUGCUUGUUGUGGCCCGCUGGCACGAUGCCUCACCAGCCCGCAGGCCUACGAGAACGAAGGCCAGCUCCACGACGACGACUCUGACUUCAUCCUGAACGACGCCAGCGUGAGCUCCAUGUACGCCGACGUCACAGUCAGCACAGACGCGUCCGGAUCCCGCACCAUCAACCGCAAGCGCUCCUCCACUGCCAGCACCGGGGUAGGUCCGUUUGAUGAAGCUCUGGAUCACGAGCUCGCCUUGGCGGAACACGAAGUGGCAAUCAGGGGCACCCGCCUGGUUCUGCCCAUGGAUGACCCGAUCGAGCCCCCGACCACCGUCACCCUGCCUCCGCCGCCCUCCCCGCCCCGCUCCGACCCUCGCAGGCACAGACUGUAAGACGACUCGCACUUUGUUGCUCUUGACUUUGAAAACCACAGCGUCUGAUUUGUUUGGGUUUUUGAUCGAGACGACAAACUGCUGCGUACGAAAGCCUCUCUGUCUAACGUGGUUCUAAACUAGUCUCAGCUUCAUGACAAACUUGAGGCUUGCUUGAUUUAACUCACCUGUUGGGUGGAUCACUGUAAUCUCGGAUGUGAUUGCACUACAAGUAAGAUAAGGUACCGUAAAUCAAGUGCACCUCAAGUUGUAAAGGUUACUAAAAAUCAUCCAAGAUGCACAUUUAGCAACCGUUUGAGGAAGCUAAAAAAAAAAAAAAAAGGGGCUACGUGGUAUUUGCUCCUGAGUUUGUACUACUGUGGUGAUAUGCCAGUGCUGUUAUCUAUGCUCUCUGACAGCUCCACCUCUGGGGCCAUUCCUAAACGUUUCAUAUGCAGUUUACUCUUUUCUGUGAGGUGAGUUUCUCUUGGCUACAGGACCUGUGUUCAUCUAGCUUCCUUGUGAUACGACCGACAGUAUCUCUAACAUGAAGAGCGGUUCACUUCGCUCUGGUACUGCUGGUGAAGAGCAUUUACACUACAGUUACUAAUCUUACUUACCCAUCCUGAGAUCGCUCAGCGCCUCGUGUUUGCCUGCCUCUCAAAGCUCACUAACUGAGAGGAUUUAUUGAUUACACAAAGACGGCGAUGUCUGAGAUGGAGGCAGUCGUUGUAGUUUUGAAUUUUUAAACUUUAUUGGGCCAAAAACUCAAACUGCUUUCACAACAAGCGUCCAGCAGCGUCUCGGCUGUCUUACAUUUUUCGCUCUGCCUGCUCUCUUCUCUCUUCUCGAUCAAUCUUUUCAGUCAUUAACUUAUUUAUUUAACAACAAACUGAUUUAUUUAUGUAAUGAUUUAUUUUGUUAUUUAUUAUUUAUUUAUUGUUUUGUCCCGUGUGUGACAUUAGUGAUUAUCUUGCCCCGUUCAAUCGUUGAAAGCACUACCACUCUUCCCGAACAAGCUACGUUGUGCAGGAGGGGAGUCAUGUCGGAUAUUCCUUCCUUAUCAUGUGUGCAUGUUUAAUAUCUCCUUCUGUACUGUAGCAGAUGCUUCUACUUUAUACGUGGAAACUAGAGCUUCCCUGUGUGUGUAUUUUACAAGUGUGUGACUGUGUGUGUGUGUGUGUGUACGUGUGGCUGAAAUCCGAGUUGUCUAAAUCUACUGAUGUGGUUUUUAGGGCUAAAGUCUGUUUCUGGGUUUUCUGUCGUCACCUGGUUUAAUCUUCUUUUCUAAACAAAAAACAAGGUAACUGCCGUGUCUUUGUGACGUUGUAUCGUCAAAGAUGACUGAGGGCUGGCUGAACUGUUUAUGAAUUAAAGUGCCUAUUCAGAAAUUCAAUUACUUAAUGUAGAUUUGUACAUAUUUUGAGUUGCAAAUGUGCAGUAAGAUGAUCUUUCUUGAUUUUUAUAUGACCCUGUUGAUUCCUUUUGAAUACGUAAUAAGCAUAAUUAGGCCAUUCGGUGACUUCCUGUAGUGCAACUGUACUGAAGAGACUGUAAAGUAAAACAUUAUACUUUUAUUAAUUAAUAACAAGUAUCACUAAUAUUCUAUUGGAUAUGAAUAUUCUGAGAACAAUGUCCUAUAAAAAGUACAUGUUGCUUUAUAACAUAUUUUUCGUAUCAGGGGCCUCAUUUAUAAAACGUGCUUAUUUUGACUUAUUUUAGUCUGAAGUAGAAUUAUUAUUAUUAUGUUUUAAAACAUUGCUUUUAUGUGGAAAUGAUCUUUCUUUUAAACAAAGUCACGAUUCGACCAAAGUGACUUUCCUGCUGGUUGUGGAGUCGUUUUCUCCACUUGACGUUCAUCUGAUUUAUGACCUGCACGUCCUUCUUGCUUCUGGUGCCAACUUAACAUAUGAUAUGUUUAAAGUGACCUCAGUUCUCUUUCAUCUGUAACUCACAUUUUCUCUAUUAAUCCUCUAGUAUUCCUGACUAAACCCUCACUUGUGUUGGCAUUAUUAGAGGUCAAAUUAAAAGGCAGGUGUCAUUAAUGUAGGUUGACUUGGGGAUUUAUAGAUCACAUGUGCAUAAGGGACAAAUUACAUUUUUAGAAUCCCUUUUUUGAAGUAAUCAAAUGUAAACACACUGCAGAAAGUAUCUGAAGUUAAAGUAUAGACGUGGCACGGUGCAUGGCAGCCUCAGUGUAUGCAUGUGUGAAUGUGUCGUGUGUGUCAGUAGAAAUGCAAGUCCAUUUACCUUCUGUUUAAUCUUAAACACUGUUAUAAACGAGGCCCCUGUAUAUCGACACUUGGUGAUAUGGUUUAAGUACACAGUGAAUGAGGUCAGGUGACAGUUACACUACAGGAAGACACUUCCAACUUUGUGCCGAUGCAGUUUUACGUCUUUUCCUGCUUCUGGUUUUGCAGCUCAGCUCGUCUGUUCUGUUCCACCUCAGUGAGAUAUUUUGCACGGAGGCAUCUCGUUACAGAAGAGACCCUCGAUUUUCCUUUUUUUUUUCUGUUGAUAAGGUCUGAUUUUAUAACUGAGGUAGAAAUGAGGUCUGGGUCGAUGCUUGUUUUGUGUCAAGGUGCACACGAGUUGUCUUUUUGAUCUUUACGCAGUAUUUUUAAUACGACUUUGUGCAUAAUCAUCCAGAGAUGUGGACGAGAGUGAAUCUACAUUUUCUUUCUUUCAGUAUAGGUACCCAUUGAUUUUCCUUUGUUGUCUAAAUGCAAUUAAAUCAUAAAGACACUCAUAUCUAAAUAUAUACUUUAUAUGGGAAUUUUGAAGGAACAGUUAUAACAUGACAAUAGCGACCAUAACUUAAACUAAAAACACAAACGCGUUUAUGUUUCUGCUGUUUGUAGGAACUUAACGACAGGUGUUUCUGUGAAGAGUUCACCUGCAAAAAGGUCUUUAUGUAAAUGUUUUGAGAAUAAAUGUGAACUUCUGUUGAGCGGGAAAGUAAUCGGAGGUUUCCCCGUGUAGUCCUGAUUUCUCCCUGUGUAGUUAUUAACAGUGUUUCCUCAGUCGGACAUCUUGCAAGUGUACUAAAAAAUAAAACAUUUCAAAAACAA